CCAGGCACGACGCGCUGCAUCUGUGUAAAACUACUUCCUGCUCAGGGUGGUUGAAUUAAGGCUUGGCGACAUCGAGAUUGCGAUACGGCUUUCACCCACGCUGCAGCUCGCGAGCGCUCGGGAGAAUCAGGGCCCUACCGGGCCGCCGUAGUCAACUUUCUAUAGUAGGCGGGGCCAAGGCCGGGGUGACCCUGCCGGAGCCGCCGCUGCCAGCAUGUUCAAGGUACUUCAAAAGUCUGUGGGCCCAGCCAGCCUGAGCUUGCUCACCUUCAGAGUCUAUGCUGCACCAAAAAAGGACUCGCCUCCCAAAAACUCCAUGAAGGUCGAUGAGGUUCUUAUCUCAAACAAAGACAUGGACAAGACAUGCAAAAAAGCUGUCACUCUACUCAGUACCCGAGGGUCAGUCUAAAUACAUGGAGGAGCCAAGGACUCAGCUUGAAGAAGGCAUCUCACAGCUCCGACAUCACUGUGAGCCGUAUACAAAUUGGUGCCAGGAAACAUACUCCCAAACUAAACCCAAGAUGCAAAGUUUGGUUCAGUGGGGAUUAGACAGCUAUGAAUAUCUCCAAAAUGCUCCCCCAGGUUUUUUUCCAAGACUUGGUGUUAUUGGUUUUGCUGGUGUUGUUGGACUCCUUUUCACUAGAGGUUCAAAACUAAAGAAGCUGGUGUAUCCACCUGGCUUCAUGGGAUUAGCGGCCUCCAUCUAUUACCCACAACAAGCUAUCACGUUCAUCCAGGUCAGUGGGGAGAAAUUAUAUGAUUGGGGCUUACGCGGAUACAUAGUCAUAGAAGAUUUGUGGAAGGAGAACUUUCAGAAGCCAGGAAAUGUGAAGAGUUCACCUGGAAAUAAGUAGAAAACUCCGUGCUUGGCCCAUUUUAAUCAGUUAUAGGAAACACUGGAAACUACAGACAGUAAAUCAGUAUUUCUACCAAAAAGUGACAGAGAAGGCAGUACUGAAUGUAGAAAACUGGCUUUCUUCUUCAGGAAAAAAUAUACUAGGCCUCUUUGUUAUCUUGGGCGAUGUCAUACUGCAAGCGGACUAAUGUGAAAUCCUUUCACCUAGAGAUAAUGUAUGAGCCUUGGAACACCUUGAUCUCAUGUCACUACUUAUGUACAUAAUUAAAAUGCAAAAGGAAAACAA